AUGCCUAAAGUGAAUCAGGUCGUACCCAUCGGGGGAACUCAAUACGAUGCAAAAUCCAUCCCAGGUCAUCAUCUACAAACUCCCACCCAUGUAUCAUCUUCCCAUAAGGAUGAUACUUUUUCGUUAACAACGAUGGACCGACGGUUUUCGGUCACUACAGGAAAAACUCUAUCAGACUCUGUAACGUCUCAAACAAUAUUGAAGAAACAAGUAUUUGGAUCGAACACCAUUGUCGGUUUAUUAGAGAAGAUACCACUAUCUCUCAAACUCAUUCUGGUUGUGAUCUUUGCUAUAUUAUCCCUUUGUGUUUUCGGGGCCCUGCUCAUCGUAAAUUCAGUUAGGCAAAUAGAAUCAGCUCGUCAAAUUCAGAGUCUUUCUGAAAUAUCAGUCUUGUUUUCUGAUAUCGUGCACAGCCUUCAGAGAGAGCGUGGUUCUUCGUCCAUUUAUUUGGGCUCCUCAGGUACUUUAUUUGUUCAGGAACUUGCUUCAUAUCGAAAUGAGACGGAUGCUGCAUUAAAAGCAUAUUUAGAAAGGACCGUUACUUUGAAAGCGAUCAUUCCCGAUUCAUCUUCACGUUAUUUCUUGGAUGCCAGUGCAAACUUGGACAAAAUUCAAGUUUAUAUUGAUGGACUUCAGGUGUGGCGUCAAAAGAUCACAAACCUGCAAUUUCCUGUUGCAAAAGUUGCACUGGAUUAUUUUACAAAUUGGAACACGGCCAUCAUUGACACCUUAAUCAUCUUGUCAAGCCAAAGCUCCGACUCUGAAUUUGCAAUGGUUCAGACGGUGUUUAAUACAGUAACAGAACUGAAAGAAAUAACAGGUAUCAAACGGGCGAUUGGAAGUAACGGAUUCACUGCAAAAGCCCUCUCAACUACUAACUACAAUUAUUUCCUUCAAAUACAGGCACAGGGGAUUUUGCUUCAGCGACAUUUGAAACUGCUAAGCUCUCAAUCAACCUACUCCUUUUACGAAACAACAGUCAUGAAAACACAAGAAGCAUUGAAUUGUGAAAUUAUGGAAUCCUAUUUGAUUCAAAACUACCAGUCUGCAACACUCUACUCAUCAACCCAAUGGUUCAAUAACAUGACAAUCUUUAUAGACGCAAUGAGAGACGUCGAAAAUUACCUUCGAAAAAUUACUGUGUCUCAUGCAAACAAUUUAACUUGGCAAGCAACUGGCUCACUGAUUGCAUUUUCAGUGAGUACAUUCUUUGUGACUUGUCUCUCCACUUGUAUUGCAAUCAUUUUCUCAAAAACAAUUGUUGGUCCAUGGCAAAGAAUUCUCGCAUUGCAAGAAGAUACUGUUUACAAAUUUGUUCCAAAAGAAUUUCUCUCAAUUUUGAACAAGGAUAAAAUCACUGAUUUAAAAUAUGGAGAUUUCUUUGAAAUGGAAUUGGAUAUAAUGUUUGUGGACAUUCGAAAUUAUACAGGAAUCAGUGAAAACUUACAAACCAAAAAGAUUUUCAAAUUAUUGAACAAGUAUUUGAAAAAUGUUGGACCCAUCAUUCGAAAACACAAUGGAUACAUUGAUAAGUAUUUGGGUGAUGGCUUUGUGGCCUUGUUUUUGGAACCUGGUCAUGCUGUCAAUGCGGCAAUUGAAAUUCAAAUGUCUCUCAAGCUGUUCAAUGAAGCGCUUGGGCACAAAUAUCCUCACAUUGCUGUAGGAAUGGGAAUUGCAAGGGGUAUGGUGGCUGUUGGCUUAAUUGGCGAAUCUAGGAGAAUGGAUGCCACUAUUAUAUCAGACAGUGUCAAUCUGAGCGCCAGACUAGAAAGUUUAACCAAGCAAUUGAAUGCUCACAUCUUGGUGACCAAACAAAUUAUUGAUACCACUCCUAUGGUGCGAGAAAGCUUUUUCAGAAAAAUUGGCAACAUUGCUGUUGUUGGUAAAAACCAAGGAAUUCAAGUGUACGAAGUCAUUCCGUUUGACGACUCUCCAAAGAAAAAUACCAAGGAUUUGUUCGAGAAAGCCAUGGAUCAUUUAUACGAUCGUGAUAAGUUCAAUAUUGGAGAGGCUAUCUCGUUACUCAAACAAAUUCUCACCAUUGAUCCCGAAGAUGAACUGUGCAAAAUGAGGUUGAUCACUGCCGAAUCUUUGCUGAACGAUUGCUCUCAAUGGACCUACUGUGAUCGAUUAACAAAGAAAUAA